AUGAUGCUCGACCGACUCUCGAUGCACCGCCAGAUGCUACGCAAGGAGGACGGGUCGUCCCCUGAAAUAGGAGCGGAGCCGACACAGUUUCCCAACAUGUGGGCCAUAUUGGUCGACAAAGGGUAUCAAGGGGCUGGACAAGUGCUUCGCACAAUUCAACCCAAGAAGCAGCCUUGCGGUGGAACCCUCGACCGAGAUGACAUUGCCCGCAAUAGGGCUGUUUCGGCGGAUCGUGUUCUCGUUAAAAAUUUCUUUGGACGGAUGUGCAUGCUCUGGAAAGCAACCUACGCGACCUUCAAGUAG